AUGAACCUGAAACUUCUUUUUUGCCCUGGAUUCCUUCUGCUGCUUAUUGUCAGUCAAAACCAGGCAAGGGCCAGGCCCUUUUCCAGCUUACAGAGUCUGUCCAAACUGUUCGAUGCGGACCUGGAGCAUCCCCUGGUCUCAGAAGAGAGGGACCAUGAGCAAGAUGCCAUAGUCCCAACAGACGCCUUUGAUCAGCAAGACGUUGAAUUCCAGUGGACCCAAAACACCAGGGACCAGCCUGAGAGCAUGUCCAUGGCGGAUAGUGCUGUCCAGAGGUUCUUCAGUGACCUGCUAAGUCUACCUCAUAGAUACCGAGGCAGACGCAAAAAGGGCCUCUCCAGGGGCUGUUUUGGUGUCAAGUUGGACAGAAUUGGGUCACUGAGUGGACUGGGAUGCUAA